AGUCGCUUCCUUCUGUUGCCUUCGCGUGGUGUUGGAAACGACACACAGUACUUGCUACAAUAAUGACGUUAUCUAAUGAGAUGCUUGUGUUUCUAAUAUGAAGUGAUAUUUAGGCAGCUACAUGUAUUGGGAUAUUAUUUUAACUAAUUUUAAAACCGAGCCACCGUAUACUAAUGGUUACUUGGUUAAAUCAAAUAAGACAUGUUAAUUGCUAAAACUUAUUUUCUGGUGUUUUCUUUAAUGGCGCCGGAUCAGAGGGUGUGUAGUGUUUAUAGUUAAACCGUUUUGACCAACACCUAUUAUUUGUUUUAGCAUUCAUUUGUCAUCUAAACUAUUAGAAAACUGGGUUCACGUGGAGCUUGUGAAGGAAGCAUGAGAUAACAUCAGAAUAAUGGAAAGAAAUUGCGCUAUUUGUAGCUCAGGUCAGCGGACCUGUAUAUUAUUUAUUUGUAUAAAGCUUGAUUAACUUUGUUCAGACUGUUGGACUGUGCGGCUGCAUUCGAUAGACAGAUGCGAUAAAAGAAGAACAAUAAUCGAUACAUGAGUGACCAAUAGAUUAACGGUGAGUUUUAUUGCAUGUUAUGUUCCAGGUUAGUUCGUGAACAUUGUAACCGUUUGAAGUCAUGUAGUUUUUGUAUUCAGCGAUUUGGUAUUGAGGGACUAUUUUAUCGGCGGGGAUGUGCACACACACGUCUGCGUCUCAACAAGGCGGUGACGUCACGUGCUUUGUCAUUCACCCUGCUCCGCGGUAGUUCCGUCGAGGCUGGACGAGCUUGUCGCUGAUAACCGAUAAUCGCUAUUUUUUCGGGUGAAGAUGGCCGCGGGUCCCCUUUCUGUAUCGUCCAACGCAUCCACGAACAACGAUGGCAUCCUUAUUGGUGACAAAGUUUACUCGGAGGUGUACCUUACGAUUGACAACUCUCUCAUCCCGGAGGAAAGGCUCUCGCCGACGCCGUCGAUGGUCGACGGCCUCGACUUGAACACAGAGACCGACCUUCGCAUCCUUGGGUGUGAACUGAUUCAGUCCGCGGGCAUUCUUCUCCGGCUACCGCAGGUGGCAAUGGCAACUGGGCAAGUGCUGUUUCAUCGUUUUUUCUACUCCAAGUCCUUCGUCAAGCACAGUUUUGAGAUUGUUGCAAUGGCUUGUAUCAACUUGGCCUCCAAGAUUGAGGAAGCACCAAGACGAAUACGAGAUGUCAUAAAUGUUUUUCACCAUCUGAGACAGAUCAGAGGCAAAAAGACUCCAAGUUCAUUGAUACUUGAUCAGAACUACAUAAAUACCAAAAACCAAGUCAUCAAAGCAGAACGGCGGAUCCUGAAGGAGCUGGGCUUCUGUGUGCAUGUCAAGCAUCCCCACAAGAUUAUCGUCAUGUACCUUCAAGUCCUUGAAUGUGAGAAGAACCAGACACUGGUCCAGACGGCCUGGAACUACAUGAAUGAUACCCUAAGGACCAACGUGUUUGUGAGAUUCCAAGCCGAGACGAUUGCCUGUGCCUGCAUAUUCCUCGCUGCUCGAGCCCUGCAGAUACCUCUGCCAUCCAGACCCAAUUGGUACCUGUUGUUUGGAGCCAGUGAGGAUGAAGUUAAAGAGGUCUGCAUCACCACCCUCAAACUCUACACCAGGAAGAAGCCUAACUAUGACCAGAUGGAAAAGGAGGUGGAGCGCAGGAAAAUGUUCUUGGCAGAGGCCAAGCUGAAAGCCAAAGGCCUGAACCCUGAUGGGACCCCUGCAUUGUCCACUCUGGGGGGCUUCUCUCCUGCUUCCAAGCCCUGCUCCCCAAAUGUUGCAAAGGUGGAGGAGAAGUCUCCAAACCCUCAGCUAACCCUCAAGCCAGCUAAGAAGGAGCCAGAUAGCCGGACUCAGGUCAACAAGAGUCCACACAAUGGCUUAAGAAAAGACAUGAAGAUUGGAAGGAACAGCAGGAGCCGAAGUCGAUCUCGUUCAAGAACACGGUCCCGGUCUAGAUCCCGAUCUCCUCGCAGACAUUACAAUGGCAGACGCAGUCGCUCGGGGACGUACAGCUCUCGCUCACGCUCUCGCUCUCACAGUCGUAGUCCAUCGCCUCGGCGCCAUCCGCCCUCACCCCUCCUCCCUCACCUCAAGACCAAGUCCAGCCACCAUGGCAAUAGCGACUCCAAGCCCAGCAGUCGCCACAGCAACAGUGGAGGUGGAGGAUCCGGUCACAAGAGGAAGCGCUCACGUACCCGCACGAGAUCCCGCACUCCAGUCAAAGUGGAACGGGACAGAGAGAGGGAACGGGAGAGAGACAGAGAACGCAGUACCUUUGACCUCACGGCAAAGAAACACAAACAUGAGCGAGGAGGUGGACAUCGAGGAGACAGGAGAGAGAGGGAGCGGUCUCGGUCCUACGACAGGGAGAGGGAGCGUGGCCACAAGAGCAAACACCACAGCAGUAGUGGGCACUCAGGACAUAGCCGUCACCGCCGCUGAGACGACCCCCCCCCCUCCCUCCACACACACACACACCAACAGGCUAUCUCUAGGACUGAUGGGUCACUGAAGUAUUUUCGGUAUACUCCAAACUAAAUCUGAUUUGGCGUGUCCUCUGAACGCAGUGUGACUCCUCGUCUUUUCAUUUAAUGAACUCACAUCUUGCAAGUUCUUCUAAAGGUUGACUAAAUGGUUGCAUUUAAACUAUUGUGGAAGCAAAACAACUAUCUGCACCCUCUCAGAUGACAUUGCUGACGUGUCCUCACAUUGCAGCCAUCAAAGCCAAACGCUGCACCUGGUGGUUGAGAGAACAUGCCAAGUUUGGUUUGGUUUUGUGUAUAUUACCAGCCUUAUGCCAACCUAGUUGGGUUUCUCAUAAGCAUCCUGAAAAUUACCAUUUAAACUAUAUGAUUUACAGGAAUGUUGAUUCUCUUCAACCUUUUUAAUUUUGUUUGCCUACGACGAAUAACUAAAUAUUACGUUUUUUUAUUUUAUUUAUAUAUAUAUAUAUAUAUAUAUAUAUAUAUAUAUAUAUAUAUAUAUAUAUAUCUUUAUCUUUGCCUUGUCCUCGGUGGCAUUUAUGGAAACAAUGUUUAAAUGACCUAAAUCCUACCCAAUACCGUCUGCAUGUACAAAUGUCUUGGUGAUAGAAUAUUCAUUAAUUUGACUCGUCUACACAAAGACACACUUGUAGCUGAUAUUUGGCAGAGGUGGUUGAUGUUGUGUUUCUAUGGAUAGGAAGUGUGCGUCUGAGGAACCCAGGCUGCAGCCGUAUCUACCAGCAUUAAGUGGACUACUUGUAGGUUUGCGCACCUUUUUUUCACCCAGGUCCGACACCAAAGCAGUGACAUCAGUCCCAGACCGCUCGUCCUGCCAACUAUAAGUUAUACCUUAAUUUUCCCACGAUGCCGCCCCCAUGCACACCACAACCAUCUCUCUAGCCUGCCUACCCUUAUGUUCUUAGUUUUACAUGUAAAGUGAUGGACUUUGGGAAAACAAAACUUAUUUACAGUGUAAAGAUGGAUCGAUAUCUGCUGACAAAAUGUGAAUGCUUUGAUUUAUAAAAGCUAACCGCUCAGUGGAACUAUUGAAUGAACAAAUGUAAAAUAAAGGCGACGAUUCAGGAAGAUCAGUAGGUUUGCACGUUACGGGACAGGUGGGCGAGUAGUAUUGGUUUCCAUCUUUCUUUUUUGACACAUUUAUGUUGCUAAAGCUGUGUUUUGUACAGUUUCAAUUAUAGACUUUUUUUUUUUUUUACAGCAGGGGAUGCAGACUUGAUUUGAAAAAGUUUAGGGUUGUCAAUUUGUUACACUGGUUUUUAGUCUGCACGUGUUCAUGUCCAAUUUUUAUUCAAUAAUAAAUGAGUUAUGCCACUGAA